GCGGCGCCGUCAAACAUUUUCAGCGAGUCCAUGCCCUCGGCGGAUUCAGCAAGCUCCAACUCCGACGGAUCUAACGUCGCCACGAACAGGAGCCAGAACUCAAAUCUCAGUUUCGCCGAGCAGGCGAAUGAAUUCAUCAACGCCGCGCUUGGUCGCACGCCUGGUGGAACGUCUGUCGUCGAUCCUGACUCGGUCUUGGAUCAGUCCGGGAGGCUUUAUCAUGGUUAUAAGGACGGCGCAUAUUUUCUACCCAACGAUGCUGUCAGUCCUUGAUGCCCCACGGCGACAGGUCGAGAGGACUAAUGAAAGUACAGGCCGAACAAGAUCGACUCGACUUGCAGCAUCAGAUGUUCAAGGUCAUGUUGGAUGGCUUUCUCUCCUUGGCUCCAAUGAGUGCUGUGCCGAACUAUGUUCUAGAUGUAGCGACGGGUACUGGGAUAUGGGCCAUGGAUUGGGCCGAAGAAUAUCCCUCUUCCUUUAUCAUUGGCACCGAUUUGAGUGCUAUACAGCCUAGGCGAGACUUCCGCAACCUCUUUUUCCAGAAGGACGAUGCGGAAUCGCCUUGGCUCUUCCCAACACCACAUCCAGCGGAUAGCCCGCCUUGCACUGGUACAUGUCAACACAACAUACAGUUUGACUAUGUCCAUUUUAGGAUGGUUUGUACCUGCUUUGAUGAUACCCGCGGCGUAAUUAAGCAGGCAUACGACAACACAAGACCCGGCGGCUGGAUCGAAUUUCAAGAUUUCUUCUGCGACACAAGCCACGAGAACAACAAAGACAGUCCCAUGGCCAGAUGGUACGACGCUGUGGCAUCCGGCGCCGCGAUCAAGGGGCGCGAUCUCAAGCAGCCGAUGAAGUACCAGCAAUGGUUGGAAGAAGCAGGAUUUGUCGAGGUCAAGACACGAGAGCUCAUCCUUCCGUGCAGUCCAUGGGCUAGAGACCCGAAGCUGAAGGAGGCCGGUGCGUGGCAGCAGCAAAACUUCCUGGACGGCAUUCAAGGUGUAAGCUGGCGCAUGAUGGCCGCUGCGGGAUACACCGGCCCUGAGAUUGAAGCGAGCAUUGAGGAGGUGACGGAUUACUUGAAGAGCCGUGGCAAUCGCCCCUUCUUUUGGCUUUACGUUGUUUACGGGCGCAAGCCAUAUCCCAACGAAGUGCAGCCUGCACCCUAAUUUCACAUUCGCUAAUGAGUUCUAAUGGGGAAUUUGGUGGCCGGCUAGCACGAUCUUAAAAACUUG